AUGACUGCGACAAGUAAUGAACGAGAAAAAGAUCUUGAGAAGCUCUUUAAGAUUAUCCACAAUGUGAAAUAUGCCAUGCUAACAACAGUUAAUGAAGAUGGAACACUUCAUAGUCGGCCAAUGGUGAAUAAACAAGCCGAUUCGUUUCAUGGUGAACUUUGGUUUUUUACUCAACGAAGUGCACACAAAGUAACCGAAGUGAAAAAAGGCUCCGAAGAAGUCAAUAUUUCCUAUGCUGAUCCGGAAAAUCAAUCAUAUGUUUCGAUCAGCGGUCGAGCAGAUCUAGUGGAUGAUAAUACCAAAAAACGAGAUUUAUGGAGCGAAUCUCUCAAAGCCUGGUUUCCAAAAGGUCUCGAUGAUCCUGAUCUAACACUACUUCGUAUUACCAUUGGCGAAGCUGAGUAUUGGGAUUCGUCAUCAACAGUAAUGCAGAAAUUAUACGGAUUAGCCAAAGCAACGAUCCUAGGUGAUCACACCGCUUUGGCUGGUGAAAAUAAAAAACUUAUUUUAAAUUAA